AAACUGCUGAUAAAGGAAAUUCUUCCGCUCAAUUAAGAUAUGGAAUGCAUUUAUGGCAAAAGGAAAAUAAUUAUAUCGAAGCUUUUAAAUAUUUAAAGAAUUCAGCUAAUUCAAAAGAUCCAGCAGCCAUGUUUAUCGUUGGAAAAGCUUAUUGGAAUGGUAUCAAUGGUAUUGUACAAGAUAAGGCACUAGGUGCCCAAUAUUUAAAAAGUGCUGCCGCGGAAGCUCAUCCUAAGGCCAAAAACUUUUGCGAUGAACAAGGCAUACUUAUAUAA